GAAAACUCAUACUCAACCUAUUCAUUUGCUCUAGCCCCGCACAUCUACAAUCAUAAUGGCGAAAAGUGUUCGUGCCAGUGUUCAGAAGCGCAACAAAGCAAAGCUUCGCUCUACAGUUUUUGGCCCUGCUGUGGAUGCCCGCACCGAAAGAUUGUCCGCAAAGCUGCAAGAGCUUGCUGCUCAACCUAAACCUAGAGCUCAGGAAAAUUCCAAUACAGUCACCGAGGCUACGAAUAUCGUUACGGAGGACGAGAGUAAAACAAACCCGUCCGAGAAUAGUGAAGCAAUGGACAUCGACUCUUCGAAAGUCAGUGCCCGUGUUCGUUCCCAACGCUCAGGACGAAUUCAGAAACGUCAGAGGAAAAACCGUUCAUCCAUCGUUUUCAAACCACACCCAUCAAAGACCAAGAAAAUGCACAAAAAGAAGUAAAGCGGGAAGUGCUUUUUUUGCUGCGUGAUCAGUACA